CUAUGACGGUGAGCCUGAAGCUUCUCCUGAGCAGAACCAGAUUCAAACCCGACAUGUGGUCCUUCAAAGUGCUGCUGUGUGCUCUGGCUCUGACUCUGCUGGGAGUCACUGUGGAGUCAUCCUCAGGUGGAGGUGAGACUUUUCUGUUCAUGCUGCCUGAGAGUUUAGAAAACUGUUCUCAGCUGCCUAUUCAGUCCACUAGAUGGUGCCAGAUGGUUCAGAUCUUUAGAACAGGUCUUCUUUUUUUAGUUUAUGGCAGAAAUCAGAACCAGAAUUAUUUGAUUGAUAUUGCAAUUGUAUAUCCCAAAUUGUAAUCAUAUAAAAAGGAUAUUUGUGCAGGUUAUUUCUUUGGGAACAUAACCUACAGUUCAUAAUAAGAUCACUGAUGAUAUAUGUUGCAGAACAAAUGAAGAGCGUCACUGAAUGUAAAAGUUGCUGCAGAAAUGUUACCACCAAGUCUUUAGUAAUCCUCUCACUCAGUAAAACCUGUGCACUCUCUGCUGCCUCUGUGAAGGCAGGUCCCUCUGUUUGGGGUUUUCAGGGUAAAAUAAUAACGAGUGAUCUUCUUUAACAGGUGGAACCCCAAACCACAACUACGACUUGUCUGGGUCAGCCCUGACCAGACUCUACAACUCUCCGGUGUACAAAGCUGAGAGGAUGAAGAGGCCGCUGGACGGCACUUCUUUUGUGCUUGGACCAAUCAGCCACUCUGGAGUCAGGUAUAACAUGUCCCACUUCACUACAGAAACACAGGUUUACAGCCUGGUACAAAAACAGUGUGGGUCUCUCUGGCUCCUCUCUCUGUCCAGGCUUUACAGAGCGCUCACCUGUUUACAUCAUAUAUGAGGGACUAAAGAUACUGUGGUAGUCUGAGAGUAGACGGGUGUUGCUGCACACUUUGACUUAUUGACACAUUUGGAGUUUUUCUAAGGACCACUUUGAAAAUCUUCUCUCUGUGUUUUUGUCAGAGUGACUCUGGCUGAUGGUGCUAAGUGGCUCAUUCAUAAAGGAGGAAAUUAUGGCGUCUCCUCUCAGACCGUGGUGACAGACGCUCGACACAUGAGCUCAGACUGGAGGGUAAAUCUGUCUGUUUCACUUCUAUACUGUUGUUUUUUUAUCGUUUCUGAACUGGCUCUGAGGUCAAACUCUCCUCCUCUGGGGUUUUCUCUUGUUGCAGGUUGUUCAGACAGCAGAGUUCAAUGGCAGGAAGACGGUUGCUGACUUUGUGGCGACGGGCGGCUCUGAGUACAGCCUGCUGUUUGAUAACUGUCACAUGGGAUCAAACCGGAUGAUGGAUCAAUAAAGUUAAAUUUACAGCCUUCUGCAAAGCUGCACUUUGAUUAUCUGUGCUCAAAAUAAAACUAAAGUCUUAAAGAGAGGGUGUCAUGUGCCUUUUUAUUCCACCUGAGGGUGCUGCAGACCCUGAUUUGAACUUUAGAGGAGGCUGUUGAAGCAAAAGUCCUUUUAAAUCACAUGUUACAUGUUCAACCACAUAAAACUGUUUUUCUUUACUUUGGAUUUUCUCAGGCAGGGCUCAAACUCAUCAGGACAGACAAGGGGAAAAACUAAAUCUGCUCUUUAGUCGAUUAUUUACUGUUAAAAUCUGAGACAAACAUCAAAACUGUAACUUUCAUUUUCAAGUUUAGCAACACAACAGUUGAUAUUAAUAUCAUACUUCCAUUUGGACAAGCUGAGCAAUGACUGACAUGAUAGCUCAGAGGAUUGAUUGCUGCAAUUUUUACUCCAACAAAGUCACCAAAGAUCAUUUUAUCUACAUUAUUUACAUUACAAAUAACCAGAGGGCACUUUGUUUACACCGUCUAAGAACUACGAGGGGACUACAUUUACAUCUAAUCCACUAAAGGAGGGACCUGAGGGUACUGGACUUAUACUGAGUCCACCACCUGUCUGAUAUUAGGGAAAUUGCUGAAAUACCAGCUAUGAUGGGAGUGACAUACAGAGAGGGCCUCUCACCAUGUUUCCUCGCUCUGUCGGGGUCUUUUGUCAUGUUUAACCCUCAAGGGUCACAUUUUUAAGGAUUUUUCUGUGACAUUUCGUCCAAACAUGAGGACACCGGGCUCCUGUGAGCGUCUCUGAGAGAGGAUGUCUGCACAUGAUCAGAGGACAAAGACUCUCCUCUCACCCUGCAGCUGAUCAUUGUUCUUCUUCUUCUUCUUCUUCUUCCUGUUUGUGUGUAGAUUUUUCUCUGCCGUGACGUCGAGCUUCAUUCCCCUCUGAUUGAGAGCAUUGUGCACAAGAACAGUCAGGGUUUGUAGGUGUGUAAUCAGUUGUGAUGACACGCUGGCAGAGAUUAUGUCACCACACAGACUCGAUUCAACUGCAGACCGUGACGCAUGUUAUGUAAAGGUUACACAACUUACUCACGAUUUUAGUGACUGAGCGGGUCGUAGUUUCUCCACGUGAGGUUGACCCAGAGCAGAGUGUGAGAAUUUCACCCAGAACUGACCAAAUGAUGAAAUCAAUGACCAUCUGACAUCUUUCUGUGAGGGUAAGCACCUUCAUUUCCCUUCUCAGAGUCUAAACUGUUGAGGAAAAAUCAUGUCUGUCCUGCUCGUUCUUCCAUAUUCUCAAAGAUUUACAUGAAACUCACUGCAUCACCGCUCCCUGCAGUUUUUCUUAAAGCUUUAAAAUCCAUUAGCUGAGUCUUAACUCAAAAUCCAGCCUAACAGACCCGAUUCCUUCAGAUCACUGACCCAGUUCUAUUGAUACCCAUGAUAUCAAUUACACAGAUUCAUCCAAAAUAAACCCAAAGUGAGCAAAAAAAACAUCCUUUAACGUUUCAAACAGAGUCAGACUCGCUGGUUCCCAGAUAUCUGCUGAAAGUAGAGACUGUUACCUGCACACCUGCACCUCAAUUUAAAUUCAUUACAGAGAUAAGACUUCAACACCUCUCAGAUCAGCAACAAACAAUAAGGACCUCCAAAACCAGGGGGCUUAAACUCUGUAAAAGAUCUUCAUUUUAAGACAUGAGGAUGAAGGGGGGAAAGACCAGCGCUCAGUAGGCUAGGUCCCCUGGAAGUCUGAGCCUACAGUAGCAUAUCUAAGAGCUGGCCCAAGCCUGAGUCAGACCAAACUAUAGCAGCAGAACUAGAAGCUGGUCCAGGCCUAAACAGCCUCAAAUGUAAGCAGAACCGUGCAAAAGUUAGUCUGGGACUAAGCCAGGUCUAACCAUUAGGAGAGUUUCACCCCCUUCAUAAGUGUGUGUCUGCCUCCCGCACUGUGGAGAUAAACUUUAGUUCUGACUGAAAAUCAGAAGAAAAAAAGGUCCACAAAUUAAAACUAAACAUGAUUUUAUCUAAUCAAUAUGCAAUAUAUGUUCCUGAAUAACAUCGUCUAUGACAGACAAAAAAUCUAGAAAUUAAACUAACCAAAAAAGAAAACAACAGCCUGAUUAAAGUCCACCAUAAAGACACUAAACUGAUGCAUUCAGCCUCUGUCAUUGAGCGCUGCACGCUUUCUACUGUCCACUGUUCCUCUGAGGUGUAUGUUGAAAAUGUCAGAGACGUUGAAUCAGAGAAAACAGAAACCGCUGACAUUUUGAUUCACUGACUUCAGUUUGGAUUCAUCAGUAGUAGCGGCUUCCUGCUGUGACGUUGUGAACUUCAGUAUUUCAGUGAAGCUGAGGUCUGAUUGGAGUGGAAAGUCAUUGUUCUUCUUCGGCCUCUGACUAAACGCCCACAGACGAGAGGGAGAGCGGAGGGGGAGGGACGGGAAGAGGGGGGAACACCACAUCCCAUAAUGAACGGGGUCGGGCUCCUGUGUCAGGCGGCGUCUCUGAAUGAAGCGGGGGCAUGUGAUCAUGUGAGGUGAUGGCGUUUCUGCACGGUUUGUCUGCAGCAAUGCGGAACGAUCCUGAGGUCACAGGUUCAUUCUGGUCCACAAGUGAAGAUAUUAAAUAAACGUUUGAUAACUACAAAACAAACUGAUCAGGAUUCAGAAUUAAAGAAAGACCACCCUGACUCUGAAGAGUCUGUGUAAAAGCUUCAAAUCUGAAGGUCCAGGUCUGGAUUUCUGACCUUCAACAUUUUCUUCUCGUCUUGAGCAGAGACCUUCAAUCUGCAUGUUAAUGCUGUUACUUCAGUAAACUUAAAACCUGCUAAUGAAGAGACGAUCUGACUCCUUUUUAAGUUCACACUGCUGCAGUAAUCAAGAGGAAGCUUCAGUGUAACUUAUUAUUAACAGUGAAUCUGAGACUCCCCAUCAGUGGUGUUUGGUAAGGUUUUCUGCAGGGAGCUUUAUAACUAAAUCCAACACAGACAUAUUCUAUACAAGGUGAAACAACAGAUAUUACAUUGGAUAUUAUAUGUGCUCAAUGAUGUGAACCAAGGGCUCCUCUAUGCAUUUGCUAAUUAUAACAAACAUUUCCUCAUGACCUUUGUUUAUGUUUUAAGUUUCUUCUCUGAAGUUUUUCAAAAGUCUCAUCUUUCCCUCAGAUUUAGACCUCCUCUCAAACUGCUUUAUUUUCAGACUUCACCAGCCUCCUUUCAAAGGUGACUAAAUUACUGAUUACUGCAUGAGAGAAGUCAUUCAGUCACUUAAAAAUGUCACUUGGGCUUCACUUUUUCCUUCAGUAGCCUACACACUUCUUAGAUAAUGUUCCUGCUCCUGGUCCGAAGUUUAGUUAAAGGGAUAUUUCAGCAUGAAAUUAAUUUAGUGUCAAACACACCGUAACACUGAGUUAGACACUCCCUCCAGAGAUGAAUGUUGCUGACCGCUUGCUUCUCUAGUUAUACCAACUUUAGUAACGACUGCAGGAUAGCAAAACACAGCGGUCUGAGGAGCCAUAAACAAACCUCAACCAAAAUGCCACUCUAUAGCCACAAAUAAUGCUAAGAACAGCACCUAACUUCAUCAACAGUACAAAUAGGGUCCAGGCCAUAGUACUAGCCACCAAACAUCUUUUUAACUUUGACUAAUUUCUUUAGCAAAGAGACUAAACACAGCCUACCUACUCUCUUCCAGCAGCCGCUUGUUUGUAGGAAGACCUCAGGCCAGUCCAUUACAGACUACAGCGGGGUGGCACAGCUCAAGGAAGAAUAUUUACGAUCAUUUCUUUAUCACUUCCUUGAAGAAAUAAUCACCAUAUUAAACAUUUUCACUGCAGACGCGGUAGUUCUUCUGCCUUAGCGUCUCAGUCUGAUUGUAUUUCCAUGAAGAAAUGAAAUAUAUAUAUAUGUAUAUAUAUAUAUAUAUAUAUAUAUAUAUAUAUAUAUAUAUAUAUAUAUAUAUGUCAGAUUGAGGUUUAGUAAAAAAAAAAAUGCAGUCAGUAUUUUUAAAAUCUGGGUAAAAUGAAUGAGCCACUGUAAAAUUGAGGAUUAAGGCUUUUCUACCUUUCUAAAUUUACUGAUCCAUCAGUUAUUUUAUUUAUUCAUUUAUUUUUUCUCCAAACCUUUAUUUCAGUUCUCCAACAAUGACAAAUACAUAUUAUUGAACAUGGGGUGGCUGCAUUUAUUUCAGAGGAAUCAAGACUUUACAUAAGACAGAAAAGACAAACAAAAAUUCAUGGUCUGGCAUACAAAAAUACAUAAACUACAAUAAAUUAUGACAUGGAGCUUCAGAGAAAGUCAUAGUUCGAAUCUUUUUCUUAUUCGUUGGUCCAGUUAUUGUGUUAAAAUCAUAGACUGUAUAUAGAAUGGACAGAGUCUGCCUCCUCGCUGGGUGAAGCCACUUCAAGAACAGCACCCUCUGUUGAUGGGCUGCAGUACAGGUCAUAAAUCCCACCUCCACCAGCAAAGCUUAUUGGGCUGUGGACAAACUUUAGAAAUUUAUUACACAGAACCUAAAUUUUUCUCCCCCCUGCUUGUGAUGUUGACUGACUGGUUUGUGCUCAAGUCCUCUUUUUUCUGUGAAGCUCAGUUUUUAAAAGUUAUUAGGGGGUUCAUGUUUGCUAUGAUUGACACCUGAUACAGCCUAUGGGCGUUCAGGGAUUGCGUAGCUCUCCUGGGGGAUACGCUGUUUGAGCCGAGCAUUGCUACUGCGCAGCGCUGGUUUCAGGAAAUGAAGAAAAAUCCCAGAAAUACCAAGAGCUAUUUGGCUUCAAAUCCGUAUACAGGCAGUAGGCGGAACCAAGUUGUCCAUAGUAUAUACAGUCUAUGGUUAAAAUGUAUCUUCAUUUCAUUUUUGAACUGGUGGAUAUUUGGUUUCUUUUUAGACCAUUUACAUUUAUGUUUUAUAAAAUCUUUAAUACAAAUUAAAAAGGUUUAACAAAAAAAUAUGACGGUCAUCUAUCAGUUAUUCCAAGCCUAAAGCUGCAUUUGGGUUACCUCGGAAGUCAGAAGUUGGAACCGAAAAUGACGUCACACCUGAGUUACCAUUGUUUCAGUUACCAAGUCAGAAAAAAGCAAAAUUGAAAGCCUGACACAAGUUGGCUACAUCUACGAAAGUUAUUUUAUCGCUUGUCUUGUCUGAAUAUAAGGCAAGUGCUAAAAUAACUCUCAUAGAUGUAGCCAUCUUGUUUUUGCCUCCGAUUUAGCUUUUUUCCGAUAUCUGCCGAACUCAGGUGUGACGCCAUUUUCGGCUCCGACAUCUGACUUCCCAGGAAACCCAAACGCAGCAUUAGGCCUCCGCUGACUGCCGUCGUAAAGUUGCACAUGCGCAGUCCCUCCUGUAAAUACAAGCAGGAGGCGGCGACCGUUAUGGCGCGUACCGGAAGAAAGUGGAUGAUUAGCUAAUCUGCGGAGAGAUGUUCCAUACUGUUUGUAGUAAUAGCUACUCUAACUAAUUACUUUAAAACAUCUUAUGAACAACAAAAGAAAUAUAUUUAUAUAUAUAAACCAAUAAUAGUCUGCCAGUCUCCUUGUGGAGGGUUGGCGCCCUAGCACCCCCGUCAACCACAAACAGAUGAGUGCUCAUACAGUGUAAUAAACCACAGAGAUACCUGCAGGAGUGACUCUCACCUUUCUUUUGAUGUGAGUCUUCUAAGUUUCUACUCUGACUGUAAACAAUGCCUCCAAAUAAGUAAGUUAUUUCCAGAGGUGUAAAUCCUCAACAGACCAGUGGCUGUUGGCAGAACUAAAAACAGUGGACUGUGUUAAUUGGACUGCUAUACAUGUGAGUAGAAAUGAUCAUAUUUGGAGGGAGGUUAGCAUCCACAUCUAUAAAACUAUACUUCUGCCCAUACUCUGACUUCUUUUCAUCCAUAUUCUAUUUUAUUGCAGAAGACCAGAAGUCAUGGGGGCAGUGUUGAGCAGUGUAAUCAUCAGUCCCAUGUGAGGAGACCAACACAACACGGGGCACUUUAAGACAACAUGUGGUUUAUUUUUGUUUAGGGUGUCAGAUAAAUGCCCCACAAAGUUUGGGUUUUUAAGACUGUAGCCUUCAGACUCUGGAACCAUCUGCCCCUCUCUUUGACCGUUUGAUCGACUCAGUGGAUCCUUUUAAAAAGCAGUUGAAGACUCUUUUAUUUAGACAAGCUUUUAAUGAACAGGGUUUUGUUUAUCUCUUUUACUUAUCUUCCAUAUCUGCACUUAUUUCCGUACUUACCUUUACUGUAUUCGUAUUUGUGUAUGUAUAUAUCUUUUGUGCCGUUUAUGUUUAUCUAAUUGCACUUAUUUUAUGUACAGCCCUUUGUGAUUUUUGUCUGUGAAAAGCACUCUAUAAAUUAUCUUUACUUACUUACUAUUGUGUUAUGUUUUGUUUUUUUCACACAUCUCCUCUGUUCAGAAUUUUGAUUUUAAAUUUGAUCUGAACCAAACAACAUGCAGAAGUGCUCGGACCACACAGACACCUAUCAGACCUAAAAAACAGCAAUCAGAACCACUGUGAUGUGAUGAUGGUUCUAACAUGGAACAUUUUGUAUGGUUCAGACUCGCUGACUAAUUACGGGAAAUUCUAGACUGUCCUUGUGGUAAUACCAGCAGAUGAACUGGAGAUCAAUCGGACCAGAAUCAGGUGGGAGAAUAGUCACAAAGAUUCAGACAGUUUAUGAGUGAACAACUGUGGGUGUUGUCUGAAUGUUAGAAAUUAUUUAGGAGCCAAAUGUAAAGGCAUGACUUUGAAACCAAAACCAAAUAAAAAUGUAUAUGAUACCAAAGAGGUAUCCCUCCUACAGGGCCAUGCUGUUGUCAUCCCUGUUGUCAGAACGUGGUUUGUCAUGGUCUCUGUGAAACAUGAUUAAGUCUUUGUCUGGAUAGCAGCAGGUGUUCAGUGACAGUGUUAAGAAUCAGUGACAGGCUGGGGGAGUUUAGGCAAACGUCUUUAAUGUCAUAGCUGAUUAAAUUAUUUCAGAUUGAUAGACAGAAGUCCUCCGUCCUGAUUGGACUUGGUCACAUUUCUAUAAUAGACACUGACGUGUGGGGGGUCAUGUGAUAUAGAUGCUGUUAAAAUUAACCACCUGAGGGGUUUGGUGGUUUGUGCAGCAGCGCCUCUUUCAAAUCCUUUUCUUGGUCGCUCUUCCUCUCAGUGUAAACUCCCCCUCCGUCUUCUUCUUCCCUUUUUCUCGCCUCAGCGGUUUGAGAUCAGAGGAAGAGUGUCUGUGCUCUGAAGACACCCCGCUGAGGUGUUUUCCCUUCAGUCACAGUGAAAGUUCAGAUGUUUCUCAGUCUUUGUGAAGAAAACAUCUGUUCAGUUUCACUUUCAGUUUCUCACUCCUGUUGAACCUUCAGCCGAUGGUGCGCAGGGUUUGGUAGCCCCUCUUCUUCUGUGACCUCAGCAGUGGCGUCUGGGUGUCCACGUCCCGAGAUAAAACUCUCCGCCGGCGGCGGGUUUGGCAGAGACGAGCCCGAGUCCACCCGUAGACCAGACUGUUGAGGAAACCCUGAGAGGCUGAGGUGAAUGCCUGAGGGGGAGACAAAGGACAAACCUGAGCCUGAGUCUGAGUGUGGAGCAGUUAAAGCAAAGUUUGUCAAGUUUUCACCUGCAGACUGACCUGUAAAAUGUAGAGGACGACCCCAGCCUCGCCCUGACCCCCUGAUGACCUCCCCACCCGCAGAAAGGCCAGAGUGACGGCUGUGAAAAAAACCCAGAAACACCGUCAGCCCCUCCAGAACCUGACCUCUCUGUUCCUCAGGUAUCAGGAUCAAGAGACUCACCUGGACCCCAACAAAAGAGGAAGAUCAGCGGGUACAGGAGCAUCCGCACGUCCAUCUCACGAAAUGAUGCUCUCUGCUGGUUGCCUAAGUAACCGUUUGACGUCACAACCCGCCUGUGAAUGUGGCGGGUUUUCACCACGAGCACCUGACGUGAGAAAGAAGAACACUCUUUAACAAAACCCUUAAAACUACAGGAACCUCAAUGAGGGUUUUGAUAAUUGCUGGCCGUGUCCUUUCACGCCACAUUACUCACUAUGAUGCCCAGAAGUGUGAUGAAGAAGAUGGCGAGGAAGAUGGCGAUGCGUGAGAUGUGCAGCAGUCUGCAGAUGCCGAUUGGCUGGUGCUCCUCUGAGUUAAAAUACAGCGCUCCGGUGUGCAUCAACAGACACCUGGUUUGGUACAGUGCACACAAGGGGUCAAAAAAUGUCGAAGUUUAGAUUUGAUUUGAUUCAUGACUGAGGGGAGAACUGUGGCUGAUGAGUCAGCAUUUGACCUUCUGUUUGGACACUAAUGAGGAGAGGAACUUUAAUUUUACGAAUUUUAGGACUUUAAUAUAUAGACUCUAGAGAUCACCAAUGUUUGACCAUGUUUGACCUGCUUCUGAAUCUAGGAGUUAGACCUCGGUGUCUGUGCGUGGAUUUGAUCAGGUAUGUUUCUACUCACCUGUAGGGCUGGCUUAAGUUGGCCUGACAUUGAUUGAUGUUGUCUAGUACAGAAACAGGCAUCAUCAACAGAACAGGGAACAUCCUGUUAACACCAGAGGAGCAGAGGAGGAGGGCGGGUUCAUGCAGCAGUCCUUCACGUAAACAUACAUGUCUGUUUAUCAGCUGACUGUACUCACCCUGAACACAGCACAGUGAUCUGAUUGGCUGUGCUCACCCUGUUAGAAAUCUAAAGACAAAUACAGAUAAUAAAAAUAAUCAAUGAAAGACGAGGUUUCAAGGUUUCUGGGUGUUUUCUUCCUCUUCUUUGACAAGAAUUUAAAAUUUUCUUUUAAAGGAGACGGAAAUACGUCCUCUCAGAUCUUUGCUGUGAAGAAGGUAUGCUCCGUUAUCGUCUGGUUUAAGCCACGCCCACUUCUAGUUUUCUAUCCUUUUACAGACAUGAAUCAUUUUUUGGGGUUACUGAAACUAGAAACUUAAACUGAUGUCUCAGCAAACACAGAGAUGGAGAGAAAACGACGCUGAGUUUAGCAUCAUCCAUGGUGAAGAUGUACAGGUUGUUGACUCUUACACGUAUCUCUGAACUUUGUUUGACUCUGACCUAAAGUUCGUCCAGAACACAGAGGCAAUAGUUAAAAAAGGUCAACAAAGAAUUCACUUGUAGCAGAAACUGAGAUCCUUUAGUGUUUCCAAGGACAUCCUGUCUUAUUUUUAUCAUUCUUUUAUUGAAAGUCUUUUAAUGUUCUCUUUUAUCUGCUGGUUUCAUGGAUUAUCUGUAAAAAGGACAGAAAAUCAGAUCGUAAAAGUCUGCUGAUGUCCAGCUGAUGGACCUGAGCUCUCUCUGGGAGAAACUAGUGGUCCAGAAAGCCAAAGGAACCAUGGACCAGCCUGGACACAACAGACUUUUCUCUUUUGCCCCCCCUCUCUCUUUUGACUCUUUUAUUGCAAUAGUCAUUCCUCUGUGAAUGUAUUGCACAUGUAUUUAUUAUCUAGUUAUUUAUUAAUUACUGAUUUGCGGUGCUGACAGGGGAAUGUUUGGGCCAUGUGAAUGUCUAGUAUUUGUCUGUUCCUGAUCAUUUAACAACAAGGCGGUGAAAUGAACUGACCUUCAGGGACUAAUAAAGUUAUCUGAAUCUGAAAUCUACAAGUCAACCUUGAAACAGAGCUGUAUGAACAACUUCUCAGGCCGAGUUUGAUAUCAGAGGAGAACAAAUACAGUUAGACAGAGAUCAUUAAAGUCUGAGACCUUCAGACCUGUACCUGUGCUGAGUAUCCGCUGAGACAGCUGUAGAGUUUCUCUCGGAUUCCUGUGUAGAGGUUCCACACAAAGUUCAGAGUGUAGAAGAAGGAGGCCAUGUACAGAACCUGACAGAGCACAGACAGAGAUCCUGGUUUAGUGUGAAUGUUGAGAGGUAGAUGAGAGGGUCCAGCAUCUUGAUCUGGACUUUGUUUGUGUCCUCAGACAUCCAGGAUGUCAACAUUCCUCCAUGAAAAGACAAACAGACUCCAACUGCAGGUCCAGGCCUCUGAACAAAGGAUGUAGGUCAGGAAUGUUGGUGGUGUUUUUCUGGCUUCUGUCUCUUUUUCCAGUCCCUGGUCUGUCCUGCUUCUGAUGCUCUAUUUCAUCCUAGACUGACCCAGAUCAGGGUCCAUUCUGGACCAGGUCAGGUGGGAACAAGCGACCCAAAAUACAAAGACAAGAUCUCCUCCAUGAGAGGAUCUGCGCAAGUUUCCACAUUUGGCCUAAUGAGCUCACAGACCAAAGGGGACGUGUGAGAGGAGGGAAACCCCAGUCAGGACGAGUCCAGGACCAGCUGACAAGACUGUGGGGAGGUUUAUCUAGAGACAAUACCAAUGAAAGUCCUGCUCCUCAUGGGCAGACACCAUCAUAUCUGUAAGACUUCAUCAUGUGGUCUGGACUACCUCUGGGACUUAAAGGUGUUGUAGGUGUUCUUUUAAUAUCAGUCAAUAGUUGUUAGUUAUUGAUGAUAUUUGGUAAUAUAACUAUAUCUCUGUGUUCUCUUAUGUCUGUGUAGUCAAUAUUUAAAAUUUUUGAGCGGUCUGCUCUUUCUGACUGUAAACAAAGCCGUUCUCCACCUCCCUGACUUGAUUGGUUGUGAGGCAGACGCUGCUCCCCUGUGUCGUUUACGAGUCCAAACAAAGUUAGCGUGCUACAAAAAAGCCGGGUCAACAUAAAUGAUGGGGGACGCUUCGGGAUCUUGGUGACCCUGUAACCUUUCUGCUGGACAGGUAAACCACAUUAACAAAGUAAGCCAAGUGUCUGUAACAGAAGUGUUUCUUGUCAAACGGGACCUGCUGUAGCGUAUUGUAGCGCCAUCGCUAAACUGUUGACCUUGGGUCCUGGACUUUGUCACUUUAUCCUAGUUGUAGAAGUCCUACAAACAUUGUGUUUGCUGCUAGUCUGUUGGCAUCUACAGUAGCACCAAUGCUUUUUAUUUUCACCUUGACUGGGCCCCAUUUGUAAUCAUCUGAAGGAUUUAUCUGCAUUAUAUCUGAAUUUAAUUGGAACGAUACGAGCGAGCAGGAGCGUCUGUUUGUGGGCGGGGCUUGCUGGAGCAGAGAGGGAGAGGAGGAGCUGAGGGGAAAACUGGUUGGGAGGGGUAGAGUUCACGUUCAAGAUUUCUCCUAAAAACUGGAACUUCCUCAGAUCCUGACUACCCCACCUUUAAAGUCUCAAAUAACAGUACGAGAGGUCGACCCUCCAGACUCAGACCUGCAGACUCUUAUCUCUUAAUUUUCUGUUUGUGUGACUUUAUUUCACCAUGUCUCUUCAAAGUCAUGGUCCACAGGUCUGUCUGAGAGUCCCCGGGACCCCUAGUCUGGGUCUUUGCUGCUCUGUGUUUGUUUCUUUGUGAGGAGAAAAUAACUGUAAAGGGUUUCCUGUAAAUGAUUAUGGAGCUGUUUGAACCUUCUGCUGUUUAAACCUCCCGAUGACUGAGAGAGGUUUGACUUUCAUCUUUUAUCAGAAUCGGAUCAAACCAACGCUCUAUUUUUGGUAAAUGCAGGUUUGUGAAGAGGAAGUUUUAUGAAUAUUGUUGUUGUUAAGACUCCGCAGCUUUCUGUUUCAGCCUGUUUGCCUCAUUGUCUUAAUACCAUUUUCAAAAGCACCAAUUUAAAAAGAAAAAGUUCGUUGUUUUUGAACUCAGUCACAUUCUGGUAAAAUAAACCUUAGAGGAACAUUUCUGUGACUUUAAAGGACCAGUCUGCAUAAUUUUCUUGACACACAGAGUGGGAGAAAGUUGGGACUAUUUUCUGCAGCAUAUCAACACGUUGGCACUCUGCAUUAUUUUUGCACAGAUGAAUAUGUUAUAUAGGGCUUUAAAGGUGUAUGGUGUGUGGGGUGUGAGAAUGUGUCAGUGUAGCUCUGUGUUGUUGCAUUACCUGCUCCACAGUGUGCAGAUGGUAACAGUGUCUAUUCAGUCUGCUGCAGCGCUGGGAGAAGAGGGCGCCGCCGAUCAGCCAGCAGACAGCGAGCAAAAGGUCGGACACACUGAGCAGAAACAGGGGCUGCAGCUGUACACACACACGCGCACACACACACGUACAAACACACACACAGAUGGUUUCAGUGACACGAUUUUUAAAAAGAAAUACAAGAAGUAAAGGAAACUAAGAUUCGAGUCAGUGACUGACCUCAGGUUUGCGUCGGAGUCUCUGUAACAUCAGCGAGGCAAUGAUGGAGCCCGAACCCAGAACACUGAAACAGAACCAGAAUCGGUGUUAAAUAAAACCUCACAGACAAACAUGAUGAGCAGAAGUCCUCGAAAAAAAAAGUUUCAAAAGUAGAACUGGAAGAAACUGAAUUUUCAUCACAUCGUCACAGCUGUGUCUGACAACUGUGACCUUUCAGCUCCUUCAUAUUUGACCUUUACAGUGGAAGUGACCCAAAGUGAAAGUCUAAAACAUAACACUGACAUUCACUGAAAGGAGAGGGAAAGAGAGAGGACACUUGAAGAUCUUGGUGAGAGUUUGUAGAAACACAAACAGCAGAAGUCAGGACUCUUCUCCUACAGAGCCAUGAUGUUGUCAGAAUGUGGUUUGUCACUGUCUUACUGAAAUAUUAAAGUCUAAAUCUGUAGAUAUUGUUCAGCAUUAUGCUUAAAACUGAGGAUGCAGCAUCUAUGAUUUCCAGUUCUUCGUUAAAAGGACAACUGGACUUGAGACGUUUCGCCUUCGGCUGUUAGAUUUUGAUUCAUCAGACCUCAGGACAGUUCAGGGACAAGUGAGAUUACUUUUAUGGAGCCUUCACAGACCAAGAAGAUACCCAUUAAAUGGACUCUGGUGGUACCCAGACCAUCAGGGAUGCUGGAUUCGGACUGGGAACUGAAAACAAACCGAGUGAGUGUGUGUUGGAGGUGAACUCACUGACCUGAGCAGAGCCAUGACCAGCUGGAUCCACCUGAUGGCCUCGUACACCUGCAGACACACAGCAGACCCAGGGUCAGGGUCCGCCCACACAGAAAAUAAAGCCUCAAACUUAAACAGGAAGUGAAAAAAGGGAAAGUUUAAAGAGAGAGCAAAGAAAACAUUUAUUCACACAAAUCUGAUUUAAAUAGAAAUAUGAGCAAGUCAGGAACAGUGAGGUGUCAAACACAGAGGAGGAGGAGGAAGUGUAUGUAGGAAGCUGAAAUUGAUUUGGAUAAGUAUACAAAAUAAAAAAUAGAUUUUCACGUCUGUGGAUCCUCAGAGCUCUAACAUACCGAGUUUAAACCAUCUUUCUGCAGAAGGUCCAUUUGUUCACAGGACCAUCUAAAGAACCAGGUCAGAACUGAGUCUGUAAGUUCUGUAAGAAAUUUUUAAUUAUUUUGGUAUUUCUUGUUUUUACUCUUCAAACUGUCGUCUUCAGAGCAGAAAUUCAAAGUAAUGGUCAUUUUCCUAAAAAACAGCAGUUCCUCCAGUGUCCACUAGAGGCUGUGUCCUGCAGUGAGUCACUCUCCAUAGAGCUCCAUGUUAAAAUUAAAUAAACCUGUUCACUGAGCGGUGUAGAAACAGUUUGGGUUAGCAUGACAACAUGAAACUACGUUAAUCAUUUGUUAACACUAUACUGACGGUAAUAACGGGUGUCACUGUGACUUCAUUAGGGACUAUUUCCAGUGGUGUAUGAAUACGGUGCUGGUACAGGAGUGAGUUGAUGAUAAAUCUAAAUAUAAAGGAGAGCAGCUCUCUUUGGUCUGAGCAGCAGCUGUUGGAGGGAAAGUUGAAAAACUGAAAAAAUCCACUGAGUCAGGUCUGAAACAAGAAAGAGAGAGAUGAGAGUGAAACCUGCUGCAGGUUCAACUGCCUCAUUUCAUCCACCUGAAGAAGAACAGCAGCAGCAGAGGUAAUUAAAGGGACAGUUCACACAUUUUAGAGUGAGAUUGUUGUUUCCCUCUGAGUAUUGUAGCCGCUGUAGACAAUGGUCAGAAAACUGGGGGUCCAGAGGGAAGGGUGGUCCGAGCUGGACUGAGCGAGUACCCUGGUCUGUUAAAGAUCUGUACAGACUGUUUGUGUUUAAACUCUCAGGUUCCCAUAAAACAACAUUAAACAGGAAAGACUCAAUAAAGAUGAUUAAGGCUCAAUAAAUAUGAAAAGAACCGGUUUAUUCCUCAAAGGAGGAGUGUUAUUUUGGUAGUUAACAGCAUUCAAUCAUCAGAACUCCUCCUCAGGUUUGGUCAACCACUCUCAGAUUCAUUCAGUUGUAUUUUAGCAGCAGUUUUUUUAAUCAGCCUUUUCUGUGUGUUAUUUAGCUCCAGGUGUGUGUUUAGAUUGUGUGUGUGUGUGUGCGUGUGUGUGAGGUGUUACCUGAGUCCAGUCCUCCGGUGAGGUGGUGUUCCUCUCCGUGUCGUUAGUCAGCUCCUGCAGACCCUGAGCAGAAAACUUCAUUUUGAAAAGUUCCUGAAUGAAGAUCUGGCUCAGGGUUCAGGGUCUGGAUCUGAGACUGUCUGAUGAACCUCCAACAGCCUCAGAAGAGGAUUUUAUCCUGCUGCACACACACACACACACACACACACACACACAGGAGGCUGGACUCAGACCAUCUGACUCCACCCACUUUCAAAUAUAACCACACCCCUUUAAUGACCAAGGGCCAAGGAGGCGGAGACCAGAACAGAAAGAGACCAGACCAGGACCUUUAAUGAACUUAUUCAGCGCCACCUUCAGGACUAAGUUCUUCCCUCUAAAAAAACGAACUAGUUUGUAAAAUAAUAAUAAAUAAUAUGUAAUAAUAAAAAUAAUAAUGAUCAUAAUUAUAAUAAUAAUUAUAAUUAUAAUAAUAACAGUAAAAAUGAUAAUAAUAUUUACAAAAUUAAUAAUAAUAAAAAAUGAUAAUAAUAAUAAAAUGAUAAAAACGUUAAUAACAAUAAUAAAAUAAAUGGUAAUAUAAUACUAAUAAAAUAAUAAUAUAAUUAUAGAAAUGAUAAUAAUAGUAAUAUUAAUAAUAAUAAUAAAAACAAUAAUAAUUAUAUUAAUACAAAUAAUAAUAAUGAUCGCAAUGAAAAUAACAUUAAUAAAAAAAUAAGAAUAACAAUUAUAAUAAUAAUUACAAUGAUUAUAAUAAUGAAAUGAUAAUAAUAAUAAUAAUAAUAAUAAUAAUAAUAAUCAUAAUGAUAAUUAUGAUAAAAAUGAUGAUGAUGAUAAUGAUAAUAACAAUAAUAAUAAUAAUAAUGAUAAUAAUGAUAAAAAUGAUGAUAAUAAUAAUAAUAAUAAUAAUAAUAAUAAUAAUAACAGUAGAUUGCAGCCACACAACAGGUAAGUACUGUUGUUUUAUAAUAUGAAUUUUUUUUUUCCCCUCUCACCAGUAAACUGAACCUUCUGUUCUUGUGUCACAGCACCACCUGCUGGUGUAAAGGAGGAAGUAGCACACUUUUGAACUUCAACACAUCAAAUAGAAAGAAAACCUCCCAGUGUUAUUGAUUAAACACCUGUGAAUUAAUCAAUUAAAAGACUGAAUGAUGUUUUUUAAUCAACAUAAUCCUCCUAAUUCAGAUUUUUAUCUUUUCACUUUUUUCUUUUCUCAGUUUCAUAAAAAACAAACUUCAGUGAGAAAUCUUCAGAUAGUUUUUUUUUUUUUUUUCCAAAUUAAUGAAAACUUAAUUUCUAUAGAACUUCUAUAGAACUCCAGAAAAUACAACAUCAGAUCAUGAAACUGAUUUUUUAAAUCCAGAUAAAUCUCUGUACUAAAGGGGGACAAGGACCAAAACCAGGACUGGAUGGUCCUGAUCUUCAGGGCAUCAAAAACAGACAGGACUCUGGAGUGGAAAUCACCGCAUGUAAAGGACAACUGGGCUUACUUGAAACGUUUCGCCUUAGGUGAACUGGAAAUCAUAGAUGCUGCAUUACUUCAAAAACCACUGACUGUGAACACUAAUGAGGUUUAAACUGAGACCAGAUAGAACCAGGAUCCAGAACCACCAGAGACUUGUCUAGACCUGGGUCCAGAUAUUUUAUUGACACUGUGUUUUCUCCUCUAAAUAAAUACCUGAACAGGUGAGUCUCAGUUUCACUUGUUCUCUCUCUCUCUCAUUCAACACAAAACCUCUUUGAGUUCUUAAUCAGUGUCCUCCAGCAAGGCACUCAGGCUGACCUUUGACCUUCAUCAGCAAAGUCACAUGUAUCUGAUUUUUGCGUGAAGUAAAGCGCUAAAACCUCCACGCCUGAUUGGCUAUAGAGAUACUCAAGAUUCCCACAGACACCUGGGGCUGGGUCAGUCUGAGCCGGUCUCUUCAGGUCUGUUUUCUCCUGGUGUGUUCAGGGACUCGUGUUCAGGUCUGUUGUCUCAUGAUUAGUUCAGGGACUCGUGUUCAGGUCAGGUCUCGUGUUCGGGGAGUUUUCUCGUGGCUUGUUCAGGGACUCGUGUUCAGGUCUGUUUUCUCGUCGUGUGUUCAGGGACUCGUGUUCAGUCAGAUUUUUAAAGAUUGAGGCAUCAAAUUUGGUGAGAGUUCUUGUUUUUCUUCAUAUUAGAAAGAAAAAAAAAAACUCUGUGU